UUCAGGAGCGCAGGAUUUAUGACUUGCAGCUGUUGAGUGGCUGACAGACGUGAGGAGGAGCUCAGUUGCUGCCGAGGUUCACGCCGCUCCGUCCGUCCGCCUGCGCUUUGGACCAGAAGCCGCUACACUGAGACUCAACGCCCCACAGAUGGUGCGGGAGCAGUACGUCACCACCACAGAGGGCAGCGGCUCGCCCAGACCCGCGCCCGACCAUGUUUACAAGAUCGGCAUCUACGGCUGGAGGAAGCGCUGCCUCUACCUGUUCGUGCUGCUGCUCAUCGUCGUCCUGGUGGUCAACCUCGCCCUCACCAUCUGGAUCCUCCGGGUGAUGUGGUUCAACACGGGCGGGAUGGGGUUCCUGCAAGUUCACCCGGACGGAGUCGAGCUGGACGAGGGCGAGUCGGAGUUCCUGUUUCCCAUCUAUGCCGAACAGCUCCACUCCAGAGAGGACUCCUCUCUCCUUGCACACUCAUCAGAAAGUGUUUCCCUGGACGCCCGUGAUGGGAACGGCAGUGUCACAGGGAGGCUGUCUGUGGGUGCAAAACAGGCCCGAGGGCAGACUCAAAAUCUGCUCAUUACCUCCCAGGAAGGCAACAUGCUGUUCAGCGCAGACGGCAGUCAGGCUGUGAUCGGACCGGACAAGCUGCGAGUCACAGGUCCUAAAGGUGCUGUGUUCCAGCACUCAGUGGAGGUGCCCCAGCUGAAGUCCGAACCUCUCAAGAACCUGACGCUGGAGUGCCCCACCCGCUCCCUGAGCAUGGACGCUCCGAGAGGAGUUCACAUCAAAGCGCUGGCUGGAAACAUUGAAGUCUCCUCCAAAAUGGAUGUGGUCCUGCACUCCAGUGAAGGACUGCUGGUGCUGGAUGCAGAGACGGUCCGCAUGCCACGCCUGCCCCUGAGCGAGGAAGGGGUCUCCGGAAAUGCUCAGGGUCUCUUCGAGGUCUGCGUUUGUCCCAGCGGGAAGCUCUUCCUGUCCAAGGCGGGAAGAACAUCCACUUGCAGCGAGUAUCAGGACUGCUAGAUAGACUCAGACGAGGUCGUCCGCUAUUUUCCGCUCCCUGAAGACGAAUCUCCGGGAGCAACAAGCACAACCGUCUGUACGGAGCAAAGCCUUUCCUUCUCUUUAAACAUUAUUUUUUUGUAUGUCACAGUAGAUCUGCAGUGAUCCCUCUGAGGCUGCUGAAAACACAUUUGCCCGCUGGCUGUCCUGUGCCAAAAGAAAUCCUUUUAAAUUUUAAUUUGUUUGUACAAAUUGACCCUCAAUUCUAACAUUUUCAGCAUUCACAGAAGAAUUUCUGUACACUAAAUGUCAUGGCUGGGCAAUGAGGAGCUGGUCGCAGCUUACAUCCUAUGCAAUAUUUUUUUAUGGUGCAAUAAUUUAAAAAAUCACAGUUCAAGGACUCAGAAAAAAGAGAAUCUCCCACAUGGAGACAAAACUUUAUUAAAAGAAUAUUUCUGAUUCUGAGCCUUUAUGUGAUUGAUUUGUUUAGACAUUUAGCAUGUCUUUAUUUAAAAGGGAGAAACACCCAAUGAUGAUGGUUUAGUUUGAUGUUUUUACUUUUUUUUUCUUCUUUGAUUCAAAUGUAGAUUUAAAAAAAAAACUACCAGCAAGCCUUAAUAUUAAUUUACUUUAUUGCAUGAUUUGGAAUAAAAGACAAAGUAGUUGUUGCAGGUAAGGAGAACUUUGUUAUGAAUCUCUACAGCCAGGAAAACAUCAUUUCCCACUACAAGAAAAUGGAUAAAAUAAGAUAUGUGUGGAUUUAUAAGGACUUUUUUGUUCUUUGUAACAUAUACAUUUGUUUAUAUGCUGUGUAAUGAGAGUGACAACCCCUGUUUAUUGUCCGAAAUGAGUUUUUGUGAGGCUAACGUGGUUGUAUCUCACCGUUUUGUGUGCAUUGUGUUUUGAUGGUAACAGCUGAUGAGAGCGUAAUGUGCUUUUCACCUCCUGUUCAGCAGAACUAAGAUUUAUUUAUUCAUUUUUUACUUUGAAUAAAGUUUGUUUUAUUCAUGGA